GUGGAGCAACAUUUAAAAGAAUGACGAUCACAUUCCAGAAAUCAAAGUUCGUCGGUGUGAGCUGAGCUGCAGACGUGUCCCGUGUCCAUCGAACAAAGCUUAAAUCGACUUCCAUCAUCCAUGUUUAAAGUUUCAGAAACUGAAGAGUUUCUGACAAACAGCGAUAUGGCUGCUGCCAGUCGUGUCCGAUCUGAUCAGUUCCUGUGUUCCAUCUGUCUGGAUGUGUUCACCGAUCCAGUCACCACAUCAUGUGGACACAACUUCUGCAACUCCUGCAUCACUGAACACUGGGAUGAUAGUAAAAACUACCACUGCCCCCUGUGUAAAAAAGAAUUUUACCCCAGACCUGAGCUCCUGGUUAAUACUCUGCUUUCAGAGAUGGCGUCUCAGUUCAGACGUGAAGCUCAACAUGAAUCAAACAUCUACAGCUCAGAUCAACAAGCUGCCAAACCAGGAGAAGUCCCCUGUGACAUCUGCACUGAAACCAAACUGAAGGCCCUCAAGUCCUGCCUGGUGUGUCUGACCUCCUACUGUCAGACUCAUCUGGAACCUCAUCUGACAGUUUCAGGACUGAAAAGACAUCAGCUGAUCCACCCUGUGGAGAACCUGGAAGACAGGAUGUGUAUGAAACAUGAUAAACCUCUGGAGCUGUUCUGUAAAACAGACCACACAUGUAUCUGUCUGCUCUGUCCUGUUUUAGACCACAAGAAUCAUGAGUUUAUUCCUCUGAAAGAAGAACAGAAAGAACAGAAGACAAAGCUGAAGAAGACAGAGUCUGAAAUUCAGCAGAUGAUCCAGGAGAGACAACUGAAGAUCCAGGAGAUCCAACACUCAGUGGGCCUCAGUAAGAAAGCUGCAGACAGACAAAUAGCAGAAGGUGUUGAGGUCUUCACUGCUCUAAUGAAGUCUGUUCAGAGAAGUCUGAACAAGCUCAUUGAGGAGAUCCAACAAAAGCAGAGAACCACAGAGAAACAGGCUGAAGACUUCAUCAAAGAGCUGGAACAAGAAAUCUCUGAGCUGAAGAAGAGAAGCACUGAGCUGAAGCAGCUCUCAGGUUCUGAAGACCACCUCUACUUUGUCCAAAGAUUCAAAUCUGUAAACGCUGCUCCAUCCAUGAAGACCUGGAAAAAGGUCAGCGUUCGUCCACCAUCAUAUGAGGGGACUGUGGUGAGAGCUGUGUCUCAGCUGGAGGACAAACUCAGAGAAGACAUGAAGAAAAAGGUGGUUCAUACUGAUCUGAAGAGAGUCCAACAGUACGAGGUGGAUGUGAGUCUGGAUCCAGACACAGCACAUCCUAAACUGAAACUGUCUAAUGAUAAGAAACGAGUGCAUCAUGUUGAUGAAAGGAAGAACCUCCCAGACAAACCACAAAGAUUUUCAGUUAAUCCAUGCGUUUUGGGAAAGCAGAGUUUCUCUUCAGGCAGGUUUUACUUCGAGGUUCAGGUCAAAGGAAAGACUAAAUGGACUUUAGGAGUGGUCAGAGAGUCCAUCAACAGAAAAGUGCAAAUCUCAGUGAGCCCUGAGGAUGGAUACUGGACCAUCUGGUUGAGAAAUGAAAAUGAGUACAAAGCUCUCGAUGCUGCUCCUGUCAGCCUCUCCUUACUGUCUGGUCCUCAGAAGGUGGGGGUGUUUGUGGAUUAUGAGGAGGGUCUGGUCUCCUUUUAUGACGUGGAUUCUUCAGGUCUCAUCUACUCCUUCAUUGGCUGCUGCUUCAAUGAUAAACUCCUCCCAUUCUUCAGUCCAUGCAUUAAUGAUGGAGGUAAAAACUCUGCUCCUCUGAUCAUCAUUCCUGUCAGUCACUGAGUCAUGUUGCAUAUUAUUAAAUCAUUAUUCUAACAAAAAAAGUAAUCACAUUGUAUGUUCAGUGUCUUGCUUCUGUCAACAACAGUGAUGAUAAAUUACUAAUGAUCAUUACUGGUCAGAAUCUCUGUAAUUAAAGGUAGGUUAGGAGAUCCUGGAAAAACAGUUUGAGCAAGCUACAUUUUGAAAAUACACAAUUCAAAAGUCCAAACCCCUUUCUUCAGACUUCCCCCCGAAGUCACGCUUCCAGAGAACAGGAACACGCAAUGCUUGUUCCCAAGGGUUCACAAGCACUGCACAGCAUCGAUCCCUCCAUGGAUCCGUGCGUACCUCUGAAUUCAGGUCUGCAGGUCUCAUCAGUAUAUUAGAUCAGACGUUGGACUUUUCACUUGUUGUUUUGAUACAUGUUCAAAGUAAUCUCAAGCUAGUAAGAACAGCUGAUUGUAGUACGACUGAUGUUAGGCUAACAGCCCACUAAAGUUUGUUUUGAACGCUGUAAUCUGUUCAUUUCACUAUUAUUUUUGUUGGCAGAACAGCCCCAAUUCAUAUCUAUCUGACUUAGUUAGUGACAAAACAGUUUGCAAAAGAACUUUAGAUCCUAAUAUAUCUAAUAUAGCCAAGCUCUGGCUUUGUCUUCAUUUCUUGUAUAAGUGCUCCAAGCCUCUGAGAACACAUGAUUUGUGCACAAAGAGGGUACACGCACAUGGGGGAGGGACAAAUAACAGUUGAGUUUGAUAGACAUAUCACCAUUCAAUCAUUUCAAUGGGCCGGUUAAAAUGAUUGGAUGGUGUUUUUUCAGUCCUGUCCGUUCCACAGGUGACUACUUUUUUUUUUUUUU